GGAUUGCCGGCAAUAAAAUUGAGCUUUAAACAUUAACAAUAAUAUUUUACCGCACUUCAAGUGUUCAAGUCAAAACAAGGAUGUCUUCGUCCACGACUACCACCUCGAGUCCAACGGACAGCUCCAAUGGUUCACUGGCAAUUUCAUAUGGUGCUGUGCCAAUCGUUCCCGGAUCGAAUACGCAGAAACCGUUUACGCUCUCCGAGCGACUUGGCUUCGAGAUUUACCGCUACUCCAGCUAUUCGCCGAAUUAUUUGCCUGAAAACGUACUCGUCGAUUGCCCAAACGAUCAAACCUCUCGCUGGUCCGCCUACACAAAUAGCCCACCACAGUUUCUUACGUUGAAGCUGCGCCGACCCGCCAUCGUCAAGAGGAUCAAAUUUGGUAAAUUUGAGAAAUCGCACGUUUGCAACAUUAAGAAAUUUCGCAUUUUCGGCGGAUUGGAAGAUGAGCAUAUGGUGCUGCUGCUAGACGCUGGUCUUAAAAACGACAAUAUACCCGAAGUAUUCAAUCUGCGCUGCAUGACUGAGGAUGGCGCUGAGAAUCUGCCCAUACUCUAUCUGAAAAUAGUGCCAUUGUUGUCGUGGGGACCAUCCUUCAAUUUUAGCAUCUGGUACAUCGAGCUGCAUGGCCAGGAUGAUCCCAUGUACACAUGUGCCCGCAUGAAGAGCUACAAUACACUGCGCGAAACGGAGAUCAUCAAGCUGUGUCUCAAGCACUUCCGUCAGCAGGGCUAUAUGAAGGCCUUUGGGUCGCUGCAGGCCCAGACAAAUGUUCGCCUGGAGCAUCCUCUUAUAAGCGAACUACACAAAUAUUUGGUUGUUCAAGGCGAUUUCGAGCGUGCGGAGCGCUUUAUUGUCGAGUGCAUCGAAGAGGGUCUAAUGGAUGAGUAUUUGAAUAAGCAGGACUACAAGCACUCCUGGCAUAUGAAGUACACGGAAAGUGAUGGAAAGCCCGGUAAUCGUGGCGGCCAUCAGCUGGUUGUCGAUUCCAAAAAACGCCUUAUAUAUUUGUAUGGUGGCUGGGAUGGCUACCAGGAUCUCAGCGACUUGUGGGUCUUCGACAUAGAGCUAGACGAAUGGGCACUGCUCUAUGAGCGGUCCGAGUUGUCUAAUGGACCCACACCGCGCUCCUGUCACAAACUAAUCUUUGAUCCGGUCAGCGAGAAUAUUUUCAUGCUGGGCCGCUAUCUGGAUAAUUCGAUACGCACCAGUGAUUAUAUCAAGAGCGAUUUCUACUUGUACGACACGCGUGCAGGCAAUUGGAUGCAAAUCUGUGAUGACACCAGCCAAGUGGGUGGACCGCAGCUCGUCUACGAUCAUCAGAUGUGCAUUGAUGCCGACAAGCGUACGAUUUAUGUGUUCGGUGGCAAAAUACUAACGCCGCGUAACCCCACGGCUUCAACGGAGCCAGAAUACUCUGGCCUCUUCUCGUAUCACAUUGCGACAAAUACCUGGACACAGAUACUCGUGGAUUGUCAUCAUGCCAGUGCUUCGCAGGCGGAUGUUAUGUCCAUCAAAUCACGCAUAACGCACUGCAUGGUCUUUCAUAAUAAACAGCGAAAGCUUUACAUUUACGGUGGCCAGCGUGGCAAGGACGAUCUCGAUGAGCUGCUCACUUACGAUGUAGAUUCCCAGGCCAUCUCACUGUUGAACAAGGAGAAUUCACAUCUCGGCACCACGGCCAGCACGGAGACCAAAUUUGAGCCAUCGUCGGGUUACACACUGCGCGCUACCAUUGACUGUGAUCGCGAUGAAAUCUAUAUAUUCUCGAGCCUUAAUAAGGUAAAAGACAGACGUGAUGUGCACCAUGCGGAUGCCUCGAACUCCUUUUGGGUAUACUCAUUGCGGACGCACAAGUGGUCACGCAUCUAUUAUUGCCGCCACAGUGCUCAGGACGCGAACUCGAUUAAUACGAGCAAUUUUUUGGGUGCCAGCCAUGGUGAUGGUGCAAUGGAGCCAUGUCCACGCUAUGCACAUCAGUUGGUCUACGAUGAGGUAGACAAGACGCAUUAUCUCUUUGGUGGCAAUCCAGGCAUAUUUCAGUACCAGCAACUGCGCUUGGAUGACUUCUGGCUGCUCUAUUUAGAAAAGCCGAAACGCGAUGAGAUAUUGAAGCACUGUCGCUAUUUGGUGCGCAAGCUGCGCUAUGAGGAAAUGACGCGCACCGAUCCAUUGAAAGCGAUGCAGUACCUCAGACGUCAUGUAUCUGACGUUAUUGAUCACACCGAUGCCGAGCAAUUGACUAACUUCCAUAAGUUAGCCUCGCUGCUUUUCAAGUCGCACGACAGCUGCCAGGACUCUGCUCCAAGUCCAAGAGUUACGCCUGAGUUGUGUGCUGAAACUGCAGGAUUUGAUGCAGCAAACAUAAAAGUGGAAAAUACCGAUAACAUUGGACUGGGAGCGGCCGAGAAUAUAUCGCUGGAGUCGAAUGAGAGCCUCACAACUUCCGGUAUAUCAGAGACUGCGUCCAGUCCCAGUGGCUCGUCGUGCACGAAACGCGCACGCACCGAAUACGGUUGUGAGCUACAAAAUCGUCGCUCAUUUCUUUUCAACAAGCUGGUGCAGUUAUUGCCUGCGAGUAUGGUUCAACCAGAUCGCAACCUUAGCGAUUUUGUGGUCAUUUAAAAUGUGUGCAAUAUGCAAUCAGUGCCAAAAUAACACGGGCGAAUCGACAUUAAUUUAAGCUAUUCAAUAUUUGUGUUUAUUAUCAUUUUGAAAUGUUAUUUACAAUUGUUUCGAACUAUGAAUGUGCAUGUGAUAGAUACUCGAGUCGUGUUAAAUUUUCGUUCGGUUUUUUUUUCAAUGUUAAGUUUUUUGGCCAUUGCUAAGCGUUGCCACAUUUUGAAUUGAAUUUGCAACACAAGACACAAAUCGAAUUUCAUUGUGAUAAUUAAUUUUUACAAUAUGAAAAGGAAAAAUUUAGAACGUUCAAAUCAAGCUAAAUGAAUGAAUGUGUGAAUGGUGUUAAAUUUAAAUAAUUAGCUUAGACAUAAGUUUUGAAAUAAAAGAAUUUUACACUUA